AUCAUGGCCUGAGGUACCCUUACACAGAGUUAUAUUGUUACUUUGAACCGUGUUUUAGUGUAUGGUAUUUGUUGUCAUCUUGACACAUUGUCAAACUGUAACCAAAAAGUUUAGAGAUCACGGUUGCUAUCGCAGCAGGUUCACUCGAGGGCAGAUACAGGAAAGUGGUCUAGCUGUUGUUGGGACACGUGACUCAGAAAAGACUGCGCUGAUCUGUUUUGACAAGGGGACAUUGGUAGAGAGAGGUGAAGGGGGAGAGAGCACACAAAAUAGUUUAUGGAUAAGAAAGAGCACAAAAUAUAAUUUUGUUGCGAACGGUAUGCGCCUGUACUGUGUUAUCGAGUUGGACGAAGUUAGCUAGCCAGCGAACCGUUGUUUUGGAGGAAGAAAAAAUCUCGCUAACCGCUGCAACGAGUUGGGAAAUAGAUGGUCAGCUUUGUUUUCUGACAAACUUUUGAUAUGAGAGAAAGCUAACCAACAAUAACUAGGUAACUGACAAGGGAUGUGGCUACUUUACCUCACUAUGUUUCAAGACGACAAGUGGAGCCGAUGCUUCUGGACAACACAACGUUUAGCUAUCUAGCUAACGUUGGCUGUUUUUCAGAAUGAUCCGUUGAACGAGGUCUGUCCUCUAGACUCGAGCCCACUGUUAGCUGAGGUGGAUCACUCUAGCUACCUGCGCGUGGGGGUUGGGGUGUUUGUUUGAGAAGGUUGUCAUCAGAUCAGAUGCCUGUGUGUUGUUUGCUUGGUCAGCUAGCUAAAGCCACGUUAGCUAAGCCAAGUAGGUGAGGUUACAGUAGCACAACAAGCUGAAAGAGAGAGAGAGAUGCUUCGUGACGGGACUACUGCUGUGGUUUUGGUGGUGGAAUUUGAGACGUUUAUUUUUGGGGGUAGACAGUCAGGUUGUCAGCUCAAUGCCUUGUUGGCUAACUAGGUGGUUGACAAACCAAUAGCUCGGAGCUAAUCUAUCGUUUGACGGUCAGAUUUAGCUAGCUAGCUCAACUGUACGUUGGCCAGUUAACAGUGCGACUCGAUGGACCUGUACAGUAGCAGUUUGCUAACAAAGCGUUGCUUUGUCAGGUAGGGGGCGAUUGGCAGCAUACAGGCUACCCAGCUGGUAUUGUUGCUUAAUGCAGUAAGUCAGCAAUCCUUUGGAAGAUUUGGAUCCACACAUUCAGACACACAUCAUUAUAUUGCUGUCAGGGCUGUGUGGACGGGAGUCUUCAGACCGAAGACAGACAGACAUAAGAGGCUGCCAGAUUCCCAGAGGGAUCCAGAUGACACUGGCUAACAUGAAACCAGAGCGAGACGUGGUGGUGGAGGAGUUCUUUGAGUACGAUGCUGAGGACUUCCUGGUGUUCCUGACCCUGUUGAUCACUGAGGGACGGACCCCAGAAUGUUCUGUGAAGGGUCGCACCGAGGGGCUGCACUGCCCCCCUGCAAAGUCCGCCCUGCCGCCCCUACACAGGCACGAGUGCAGCGACAAACUGCCACAGUGUGUGCAGGCGCGUCGUGUGCGCUCGGAGGUGUGUGUGUUGUGGAGGAACAGUAUUCCCAUCAUGGUGGAGGUGAUGUUGCUGCCAGACUGUUGCUAUGGAGACGAGAGUCCCCCUAGUGACCCCAUCAGUGACCCGGCGAUCAAACAAGACGCUCUGCUACUGGAGCGAUGGACUCUGCAGCCUGUACCAAGACAGAGCGGUGAUAAGUUUAUAGAGGAGAAGACUCUGCUGUUGGCUGUUCGUUCCUACGUCUUCUUCUCCCAGCUCAGUGCCUGGCUCAGCGCUUCUCACGGCAUUGUACCCCGAAACAUCCUCUACAGGAUCAGUGCAGCAGAUGAGGAGUGUGUCUGUCAGUUCUCCCAGCCCCCAGCGGAGCACCUGUUCCCUGUCCCUAACGUGUCCCAGAGUGUUGCCCUGAGGCUCAGGGUCCAGUCACUCCCCCGUCAGCCCACCUACCCCACCCUGGCCUGUAGCAUACACACCAGCCUGCCCCUGGCCCCACUCUACAGCAAGUCCCCCAGCCUUAAGCCCAACCUCAGUCCUAACCUCUACAGCAAGACACCUGGCCUUAACCCAGGCCUGAACCCUAACCCUAACCCGCCUCUGUACGAGAGGAGCCACAACUCUAAAGAGAGCCACAACAGGGCGACUCUGCCUUUCUCUGGCCUCCCCUUCCCCAGUCCUCCCAGUCUCCCCCUGCCCAGUAAGAGAGGCCAGGACCCCCCAGACAGCCAUGGUCAUUCUAGCCGAAUGGAUCAGACCUCCCCCAGGUCAAUAAGGGGCAGACCUCAUCCCCCUACCACCUCCCCAUCUCCCCCCCGGCCCUCCCCCCGCCCCCACAGGAAACUGUCCUCCCCCCUGCCCCUCCCUCCCGGGGGAAAGGCUGUCAGGUGGCUCUAUGCCCUCACCUCUGACCCCUCCGAUGACAUUACACACACCACCGAGGAUUAUGGGAUGGCCGUCAAUGGGGCCGAGAGCUCCAAGGGGCGUGGCUCCGAAGCCUUCCGGGCCUUUAAGACUUAUUCGUUGGCAGAGCCCCCACGGUGCCCCUCCCCCAGAGCCUCCUCCUCUGAGACCAACCCUCUGAUUGGCUCGCUGCUCCAGGAGAGACAGGAAGUCAUCGCCCGCAUCGCUCAGCGCCUCAACUUCUGCGACCCGACCGCCCCCCACCUCCCCCCUGCCCUCUUCACCUCCGACACUCCCACCAAGACCCCUGUCCGGGGCAGUUACCUUGACAACACCACGCUCAGCAAGACCAAAGACCCAAAGGGAGCUCUGCCUACUGACCGCGCCCGGUCUUCCCCUUUCGACACGCCCAUUGGCGACGUAGCAGCUAUUAUCAGGGAGACGCUGUCCCCGAAACCUGUUGCCUGCCGCAGACUGAGACUCACAGAGGACAGAGAUGGAGAGACACUGAGAGACAGAGAUGCAUUGAGAGACCGACAGCGAGAGAGAGACAGUAGUCUCUUGUCCCAUGCUGUUCAGGACAUUACCAGACUGAUUCAGGACAGACUGUCUGUCCAGUCUCUGUCUCCAACACACAGCCGCAGCAGCACCCCACUACACACACCACAUACACACGACACACACACUCUCCGCACGGACACACACACCACACACAGAGCCGGCUACAGUCAUAGCAACGGCUACACACCCAGCCAUGACACACACACUCUCACACACACACCUGUUUGCACAGACAGAGCUGGUGCUCCUCCAGAGACAGACGGUCCAAUCAGAGCCCAGAAUUGUGGUUCAACACUUGAAGAACUCCCGGUCAGCCCCCGACCCCAAAUCCUGCCUCAGCCCCAGUCCUCUCCUCUAGUCAUCCCACGGCCUCUUCCCCAGCCCCAGUCUCAGGCCUCUCCACUACUCAGCCCCAAGAGUCCCAGGGCCAAGACCUCAAAGAGUUUACACCCCACCCACCCCCAAGAGGAGCCCAGACCCUCCUCACCUAAAGACAACAUCCUGAGGACCAUCCAGACCCUGACAGUGACCCAGACCACCACCCUGACCCAGACCACUGCACAGACACUGACCACCAAGCUCACCCACACCCAGACCACUGCUCUCAUCCAGAACCACAUAAAACCUCUGACUCAGUCUCACAACCAGACCCAGACCGAGUCUCGAACUCAGCCCUCACAGAUUCAGGGCAGCGAUCGAACCCAGCCGUCUGGUCUCCAGGAUGAGAACCAGGCCCCCCCAGGCUCCAAGUCCUCCAGCCCCCCCAGUCCUGCUACCAGACCCCCCAGCACAGAGCCCAACAUUGUCCUGCGUUCUCCCUCGCCCCUGAGACCGUGUAACAGUUGGAGGAAACGCAACCGUCACUCUCUGGACUCCACCCUCACCAAGGCCUUCCACCCCUGUACCGGCCUGCCUCUGCUGUCCAGCCCUGUUCCUCAGAGGAGAACUCAGACUGGUUACUUUGACCUGGACUCUUCUCUGACCAGCUGUAAAGGACUGCCCUGGACCGCAGGGAAGAGAGUGUGUGUGAAGACAGAGGAGGAGUCAGAGGAACUUCAGCAGCUGUUCAGUGCCAGCGCUCCUCCUGCCAGCCUCAGUCUACUGGGCAACUUUGAGGAGUGUGUGUUGAACUACCGCCUGGAGCCAUUGGGGUCAGUGGAGGGUUUCACGGCCGAGGUGGGUGCCUCCGGAACCUUCUGCCCCAGUCACAUGACCUUCCCCGUCGACGUCUCCUUCUACAGCGUCUCUGACGACAACGCACCCUCGCCAUACAUGGGAGUCAUCAACCUGGAGACUCUGGGUAAACGGGGCUACCGCGUCCCUCCAUCAGGAACCAUUCAAGUGACCUUAUUUAACCCCAAUAAGACGGUGGUGAAGAUGUUUGUGGUGGUGUAUGACCUGAGAGCCAUGCCUGCCAGCUACCAGACCUUCCUCCGUCAGAGGACCUUUUCUGUCCCCGUUCGACGGGACAGCACACACUCACACAAACACGGCAGCCCAGGCAACACACAUACACACGGCAGCAGCAGGAAAGCCCUCCCCCUCGGCCAGGGACGCAUCCUGCGCUACCUCAUUCACCUGAGGUUCCAGACCUCUAGGUCAGGUAAGGUGUACCUCCACAGGGAUAUCAGACUGCUGUUCAGUAGGAAGUCUAUGGAGGUAGACAGUGGAGCAGCCUACGAACUCAAGUCCUACACAGAGUCCCCCGCUGACCCAGCCUUCUCCCCGCGCUGCUGACACACACACACACACCUCUAUCUGCACUGCUGACACUGACGCACACACACACCUCUAUCUGCACUGACGCACACACACACACACACACACACACACACACACACGCGCACACCCACAGAGCUGUCAGAGAGCUGGGCUCAGAGCGUUCUCAUGUGGAACAGUCCAGACAGGCUCCGUCCCAGAUACCUAGGGCCUGGAGAUUUCACUGACCAUCUGAUCUGACCAGGAACAACUCCAAGCCCUACAGAACCCUGCUGUUGUCUGUGAAGCUCAAACUCAUCUUUAUACAUGUUGAAGGCGUAUUAAAGACAUGCUAAAACACACAUCAACUACACGUUAGCGACCAUGGACCACUGUCUGACCAGAACAAGCAAUCAAGAGACUGAGAAAAUGACAAGACGACAUUGAAAAAGCGCACUGUGUAUUUCCACGAUGACUGGAAAUCAAAAUGAGUAAUAGUCUAAUACUUUUUGUGUACUGUUACAAAAACAAAUCUCUGAAGUGUUGCAAUAGAAAGAGAGUAACCUUUAGCUUUAGUGUUUACAUUAUUUUACUUUGUUUACUGUCAGUUAUUUAAUAUUUAAAUUAAUAUUUCAGUUACUGCUCAUGUGACAUCUAUCAUCCUCAGCAUUAUGUAGUACAAAAGUCUGUAAAUCAUAUGUAUUUUUGACAUUAACUCAGAUCUGAAAAUAUAUCUAUAUCUUAAAAUCUUGAAAUCUG